AUGGUUCUCCGCGGGGUGGAGCAUUCGAGUAUCUCUCGCGAUUCGCGUCACAAGCGCCGUGAAACUGGUGGCAAGCGCAAGCAGUUCCGCAAGAAAAGGAAAUUCGAGCUCGGCCGUCAGCCCGCUAACACCAAGCUCGGUGGCAAGCGUGUGCACACUGUGCGUGUGCGUGGUGGCCACCUGAAGUUCCGUGCUCUGCACCUUGAGACCGGCAACUUCUCGUGGGGCACGGAGGUGUGCGCUCGCAAGACGCGUAUCCUCGAUGUCGUGUACAACGCCUCGAACAAUGAGCUUGUGCGUACCAAGACGCUCGUGAAGGGCGCUGUGGUGCUGGUGGACGCUACCCCGUUCCGUCAGUGGUACGACGCCCACUACGGCGUCAAGAUCGGCAUUAAGAAGAACACUCCCCAGCAGCAGGAGGAGGAGGUCAAGAAGUCCGACCACGUCCUUCGCAAGCUCGCCAACCGUCAGCGCACCCGUGUGCUUGACCCCAAGAUUGACGAGCAGGUAACUUCCGGCCGUCUUCUCGCUGUCAUCUCGUCGCGUCCCGGCCAGUCCGGCCGCGCUGACGGCUACCUUCUGGAGGGCAAGGAGCUUGAGUUCUACCAGCGCAAGCUUGCCACCAAGAAGUCGAAGAAGUAAACUACUACAUUGUAGUACUUUUAAGUCUUUGACGCACUAAUGAACAACGGAGUUGAUUUCAUCUAAACUAAA